AUGCCACUAACCCACACCCUACAUUGUUCAAGACACCUAAACAACACCCGCCCCUUUCAACCUCUCUUCACAACACACAAACAAGUCUCAUAUAAGCAAACAUUGCCCCAUAUUCUUACCCGCCCUCAAACCGCCCGCAUGUGCCGCAUCACCAUCGCCCCUCUCCGCUCAGAGCGCAAGCACACUCACGAACGCCCUACCAUACAGCAAGACCCCUCAGCAGCUUAUCCUCCCACCACUCAUAACGCCACCCCUACACACCGCCACACGAUGUACGCCCCGCGAACUGCGACGACGCCUGCGGGCGUGUUCUUGUCGCCUGCUUCAGCCGCACUCUCACAUUCGCAUUCCCACUCCACGUCCUCAUCUUCGUCCUCAUCUUCCUUGAGCGCCAUACCAAGCAUAGACCAGGAGUUCCAGAACUACUACGCGAUCCUCCGGCUUGACCACUGGGCGACCUCCGAGGAAAUCAAAGACGCAUACAGGAAGUUGCGCGCCGAGUAUUUCCACACUGACGCGGGCAAGUACCGCGCGCUGCAGGAAGCGUACGCGGUGCUUGUAGACCGCAAUGCACGGUGGAACUAUGAUUGCGUGUAUCGUGAGCGCAUUGGCGUGCCGCAGCCUCCUCUGCCGCAUACACACUCUGGCUCGUUGCGUAUGCAGAAGGGCGGCUUUGUUAAGCAGGCGCAGGAGAUGAUGGUAGUAGAAGUGAAGAAGAAGGAAGAGGAAGUGAAGAGGAAGAACGAUCCGAACUGGGUGCUUAAGCACCACAAGCAGGUGUUCAAGCCGGUGUUGGGGACGCGGCCGUAUCAGAGCUUUGUGCCGAUAUUGGCGGUAUAUGAAGGUAGGCAGGCGCAUCCGACGUUGAAGUGUCAGCGGCCGCGGUAUGUGGGUAGUAUGGCGAAGAAUGCUCGGCCGUGA